CCGAUUGGCCGCCUCGCCCCGCGCGCUCUUCCAACCUUUUCUCCGCGGAGCCGUGGGCGCCGGCUGGGCGGGCGGCUGUUCCGAGGCGGCCGCUCUGCGCCGCGGCGUUUCUUCCAAGGCUGCCCACCGAAAGGACCUGCCGGAGAGGGUCGAGGGCAUAGGGUCAAGGUAAAGGGUUAGCUCCUUCGGAGCAGACAGCUGCCCUCACUGGCCCAGAGGAGGAUCGCUCAGUAAAUGCUUGCUGGACGAGUGACUAGAUAAGAUAAGGCAGCUCCAGCUCCUGAAAGGCCAGAGACUAGCCAGCGGGCCACUAGGGGGUCCGCCGCAACCAGGUGGCGACCGGCAGAAGGCGCUGCCGGGACAUGGCGGAGGAGCCGCCGGGGACCUGGUUCGGCUUCGGUUUCUGCGGCUUUGGGCAGGUGCCGGGCUCCGGACGCGGGCGCCAGGUGCACAGCCCCGAGCCGCUGCAGGCAGGCGUCGACAUCCGCCGCGUGACCGCGGGCUGGAGCUACACCGCCUUCGUGACCCGUGGAGGCCGCCUGGAGCUGUCUGGCUCAGCCAGCGGCGCAGCGGGAGGCUGCAGGGACGCGUGGGCCUCAGAGGGGCUCCUCGUGGUGCUGCACGCCCGGCCCGGGUCGGGGGCGUUACUGCAGGCCUGGGCGCCCGGCUCGGCCCUGCGUGGGGAGCCCUUGUGGACCCAGAAUGUGGUGCUGGAGGCCCAAGGGGAAGACGAUCCCGGCGGUGAGGCCCAGGCUGGGAGGCUGCCCCUGCUGCCCUGCGCCCGUGCCUAUGUGAGCCCCCGGCCGCCCUUCUACCGGCCUCUGGCUCCGGAGCUGCGGGUGCGCCAGCUGAAGCUGGGCGCCGAGCACGCAUUGCUGCUGGACGCUGCAGGCCAGGUGUUCUCCUGGGGCGGGGGCAGGCAUGGACAGCUGGGCCAUGGGACCCUGGAGGCAGAGCUGGAGCCAAGGCCCUUGGAGGCGUUGCAGGGCCUAGCCAUGGCUGAGGUGGCCGCGGGGGGCUGGCAUUCUGUGUGUGUGAGUGAGACUGGGGAUAUCUAUAUCUGGGGCUGGAAUGAAUCAGGGCAGCUGGCCCUCCCUACCAGGAGCCUGGCAGAGGAUGGGGAGACAGCUGCAAAGGAAGCCACGGGACUGAAUGCAGAUGGCUCCCAGGCGAAGAGAAUGGCCCGGGCUGAGGAUGGAGCCCCUGCCCCCUUCAUAGCUGUUCAGCCCUUCCCAGCUCUACUGGAUCUCCCCCUGGGCUCAGAUGCAAUCAAGGCCAGCUGUGGAUCCAGGCACACGGCUGUGGUGACACGAACAGGGGACCUGUACACCUGGGGUUGGGGUAAAUAUGGACAGCUAGGCCACGGGGACACCAGCAGCUGGGAUCGGCCCCGCCGAGUAGAAUACUUCGUAGAUAAGCAACUCCAAGUAAAGGCCAUCACCUGUGGGCCCUGGAACACCUACGUGUAUGCUGUGGAGAAAGGAAAGAGCUGACUUGCGUAUGUAUAUGUAAUAAAACACCUGUGAAACUCCCAUCUUUGUCAAGGAAAACUGUUGCCUGCACCCCAAGGGCCCUGUGUUUGCCCCUCUCCAUUACAGUCUUCCCUUUCACCUUCAAGCACAGUCCUAAACUUGUCUGCUUUAGAAACAGCUGGAGAGCAUUGAAAACUCUGCCGCCCAAGGCCAGCAUCCUGACAGUGAAAGCAGAGCCUCUGGGGGUGUGGCCUAGAUAGUGGUAGAGUCCAAGCUCCGCCCACCUCACCCAGGGAAAUUUGACGUGCAGCUGAGAUCGGAGCCCGUUCCAGCUCAUCUUCCUUUUCAGUCCCUUCCCGGUUUUCGUUUGAAUUUUGCCGUCCUUGUGUGCAUUUUUAUUUAACAUAGGUGUUUGCCUUUGAGUGUUAGGUAAAUGGAAUCGUCCUGGAUAUGUGCUUUUGUGUCAUUUUUGUCACUCAGCAUUGUGUGAGCGAUCCUUGUUGUUGGGUCCUGGAGUUCAUUCAUUUUCAAUGCUGUAUGGUGUUCCGUUGUAUGAAUAUACCUCAAGUGAUACAGUCUUGCCGAUAGUCAUCUUUAUCGUUUCUGAUUUUGGUCAUUCCACGUGAUACUUGGAGCAGUGUUGUGCACAUGUGCACACGUUCCUCUGCAGAACAUUGAGUUAAAUUGCUAAGCGAAGAGAUGCCUUUAAUUUCACUAGAUAAUUGUUUCCCACCAGAAGUGUGGGGUUGACUGUGUCAGGUAGAUGCGCGUUGAUUUUAAUUUGCAUUUCCCUGAAUACUGAUGAGGUUGAGUAACUUUUCAUUUGUGUAUUGGAUGGCGGGUCAUGGUGGCUCACGCCUGUAGUCCCAGCACUUUGGGAGGCUGCGGGGGAUUGCUUGAGGCUGAGUUCAGCUGUUGGUCGGCCACUGGAGUUUUCCGUUAUGAAGCGCCUGUUCAGGUUUGCUGGCCUUUUCUUGGUGACUUUUCUUUUGUAUAUUUCAGAUACCGUCUUUUGAUCGUUAGUGUUCAGAAUAUCUUCUGCUAUCAUGUAGUUUGUUGUUUCAGUUUCUCUGGGUGUUAUCAAUUUUUAUUUAAUGCUUAGAUGGUGCUUGCUGCAUGCCAGGUAAGCCUCAAAGUGCUUUACAAAUGUCAGCUUAUUUUGAUACAAUGUUAAUUCUUUACGGUUAAUUUACAUUUGUUCAUGUGUGUGUGGUUUAGGAAAUAUUUCCCACCUGUGGGGUCUUUAAGCUUUUUUUUUUAUUGUGGUAAAAUAUACUGAACAUAAAAUUUAUGUUCAAUAAAAAUAGAAAAAUUAUUUCAACCAUUUUUAAGGAUAGGGUUGAGUGACAUCCAUUCCUGUUGUGUAGCCAUCACCCUUAUGCAUUUGAAUAACUUUUUCAUUCCAUGGUGAAACUGCACAUUAAACACUGAACUCCCCACUCCCCUUCCCGGCUCCUGGCAGCCGCCAUUCUACCUUCUGUUUCUGUGACUCUGACUACCCUACGUGCUUUACGUAAGUGGAAUCCCAUAGUAUGUCUUUUCAUGAUUGGCUUAUUUCACCUAGCAGCAUGUCCUGCAAGUUCAUCCAUGAUGCAGCUUAUGUAUCUGGACUUCCUGCCUUUUAAAGGCUACGAUUCUAUUAAAUGUAUGCACCGCGUUGUAUUCAUCCAUCUGUGCAUUGGUGGAGAGGUGAGUAGAGCUACUGUGAAUAGUGCUGCUGUGAAUGUGGGUGUACAACUCUGAUUCUCUGCUUCCGUUCUUUUGGAUAUAGACCCAGAGCGGAAUUGCUUGGUUGUGUGGUUAAUUCUGUAUAAUUUUUUGAGGACCUGCCCUACUGUUUUCCACAGAGGGCUGCCUCAUUUUACAUUCCCACUAGAAGUGCACACAGAUCCUAAUUUCUCCACAUCCAUGUCAACACUUGUUUUCUAUUUUUUGGUUAGUAGCUGUCCUAAUGGAUGUGAAGUGCUAUUUCAUUGUAGGCUUUUUUUUUUUUUUUUUGACAGGAUCUCUCUGCUGCCCAGGCUGGAGUGCAUUUGUGAUCUUGGCUCACUGC